GUGACAACCACCGUAGGUGUCACUGUUGUCAAAGGAAAUAAACAAAAUCUAUUAAUUUGACUGAUUUUGACACCAUCAAUGAAAAUAUUUUUUAAUCUCUAUUCUUUUUAGUAUAAUGUGAUCAAUUUGGCCGAAUAGCAAUGGCUUAUUUCCAUUACCGUUGCGGAGAAAGGAUCACUUUAACCAACGAUAAUUGUACAGCAAUACGAAAUGAGAGUGAAUUCGACCAUGGUCUAGUGAUAUCUGCUGAACCCCUUGUAAACGAUGUCCCUUUCGAAAUAAAGAUUGAUAAGAAGGUAAAUUCAUGGUCAGGAAGCUUGGAAAUAGGUGUGGUUGAUUGUGAUCCAUUAAGUUUUGACUUUCCACCAUGUGCUUCAAGAAUUGUGCAGUGUGGCUCAUGGAUUAUGUCAGGAACAUCUGUUUUCAAGAAUGGUGUCUGUCUUGUAGAAGGAUAUGGCAUAGAUCUAGAUAGGUUGAUUCAAGAUGAUUGUAUUGGACUAAUGAGGACAUCAGAGGGUGAUCUGAAAAUUUAUAUAAAUGGUGUGUCCCAAGGUGUAGCAGCUGAAGGUCUACCUAGUACUGUGUAUGCUAUAGUAGAUCUCUAUGGAAAAUGUGUACAGGUUACAAUAACAAGUUCAGCAUUCAGAGAACAUAAUAAUGAUGACUGCUUAAGUGGAAGUUCUGUCUUAGCCAUUGAUAAUGAUGUGUUAAAUGUCACAUUAGGUGGUGAUUUGAGUGAAUUAAGCAUGAGCAGUAGCAACAGUUUGGACAUAAGAAUGGACAUGAAUGUUAGUUUAAGUCUUCCAGAAGAAAGUGCCAGACAAGACCGCCUGCGUUUUCACGACCGUUGCGGGUCCCUAGUGAAACUGUCAAAUGGAAAUAGAAGUGCUGAAAGGAGAAGACCUUUGGAUGAAUUCAACAAUGGGGUGGUCAUGACACAUCGUCCGUUGCGCGACAAUGAGCUGUUUGAGAUCAGAAUCGAUAGAUUGGUGGAUAAGUGGAGCGGUAGUAUAGAAAUGGGCAUAACAACCCACAACCCUUCAUCCCUAGUAUUCCCCGCGACGAUGACGAACAUGCGCAGUGGUACCAUCAUGAUGUCCGGUUGUGGCAUUCUCACCAAUGGAAAGGGCACCAGGAGGGAGUACGGGGACUUUAAUCUGGAUGAAUUGGCAGAAGGAGACAGAGUGGCUAUGGUGAGGAGAUCGGAUGGAAGUCUGCAUUAUUAUGUGAAUGGGUUGGACCAAGGGGUGGCAGCGAAUAGGGUACCGCAAACCGUGUGGGGGGUCAUUGAUCUGUAUGGGAUGACUAUCAAGGUGUCAAUAGUAGAAAGAGACGAACGCGAAGAGCAGAACCUGAUAACCCGCAAGAGCGCUCGCGAACAACUGCAAGCGUCAGGCGGCAGUGGCGCCAUCUCUGAUUCGGUAGCGAACGGCGGCGUGGCGGUGUGUUCCGCAGCAGCGAUGCCAGAUUAUUAUGACAGGUUGACGUUUCAUCCGAACUGCGGCGCGCAUGCGCAGGUGGUGAAUAACGGCAGGACGGCGCUCAGGCCGAACGCAGCGGAUGAUUUUAAUAAUGGAGUGGUGCUGACUGCGAGGACUUUGAAACCAGGAGAACUGUUCGAGGUGAGACUGGACCGAGUAGUAACCAAAUGGGCGGGUAGCAUCGAGAUAGGUGUGACCACACAUAGAGCAUCAAAACUCGAGUUUCCAUUCACAAUGACAAACGUUCGCUCAGGCACUUGGAUGAUGACUGGCAGUGGCGUCAUGCAUAAUGGUACUAUCGUGUUAGAGCAAUAUGGUACAAGCUUGGAUAGACUACAAGUGGGAGACCGUGUUGGAGUGGUUCGAAAAGAAAAUGGAUGUCUAAACUUUUUCGUAAAUGGCGUGGAUCAAGGAACAGCUGCUUCAAAUGUACCAGAUAAUGUAUAUGGUGUCAUAGAUUUAUACGGCCAGGCUGUAGAGGCGACGAUAAUUGACAUGUACGACUAUGGAUCUCCAGAUACGAUAAAUUCGAGUUUAUCGAAUACAACAUUGUACAGUGAUUUGAGGUUUCAUCAUGUCCACGGCAAGAAUGCCAGGAUAGUGAACAGUGGUUUAACAGCCUUGAGACCAAGACCUCUAGCAGAGUUCAAUGAUGCCAUCGUAUUUUCUAGUCGCCCUUUGAGGGAUGGUGAAAUAUUUGAAGUGGUCCUCGAUAGCAUUGUCGAUAGAUGGUCCGGAUGUAUUGAAUUAGGUGUGACUGCAGUUCGACCUGAUGACAUUGAUCUUCCAAGCACUGCAACGGACUUAUGUCGAGACACCUGGAUGUUGAGCGGUUCUUCUGUCAUGGUCAACGGAAAAACGGUAAAGAACAACUACGCUUUGGAUCUUGAUGCGGUUCGAGCGGGUACUAGGAUUGGCGUUGCAAGAAAUGCUACUGAUAGAUCGCUAGAAUUCUACAGGGACGGUGUUCCACAAGGUGUGGCAUGCUACGUACCACCACAUCAAGCGCCUAAUUUGUAUGCUGUUGUGGAUCUCUAUGGUCAGUGUGCACAAGUCAGCGUACCUGGUGCUUCACCACCUAACGUCGGCCAGCAGAUACCAGCAAUAGCAGGUGGCGAGCCUUCUUCCCACCGAUCCGACACGUCCGCAUCCCUCCAAGGCGGUCAAUUGAUACUGAGCGGUACCGGCGAUGGUUCCUCAGCUGGUGGUCCACAUAGGUUUUCAGAGCACCGAGCGCGCGGAGUGCAUUUGAAUGAAAGCGGCAGACUUGCAACUAGAGUCAGGGAUUGCUUAUCGGCUGUUGUCUUCAGCGCUCAGCCAUUGAUGCAGGAUGAAAUGUUCGAAGUAUCAAUCGUGACACUAUGUCGCUAUAUGGCAGGAACAUUGACGAUAGGAGUAACGGAUGUGCCACCAGCACAUUGCUUCAAUGCCAUGCCAAAAGAAAGCCACUAUAUUACAGGCAACGAAUUACGCUUUGCAGACAGAACCGUCCAGUACUUUACGCCCAGCUUAGAUUGGCUGAAUUGUGAUGAUAGAAUAGGUAUACUUCGAACAGCUGACGGCGCAGCUCGGAUAUUUAUAAAUGGCGAAGAGCUUCCCGUCUGUUUCCCUCCACAACCGGAUACAGCGCUAUACGCCAUGUUCGAUCUCAGGGGAGCUUGUUGCGAAAUCGCUGUCACGAGUCACUCUCUGGUCGCAGUUGGAAUGUCACCGAUGCAAAGCAUUAGGUUGCAGGAUAGUCUCGAAAUAGUACUGGACCAAGAACAAGCUCCAGAUUUAGUUGACGGUAAGGAGUCACUGAACGAAUUUGAAGAAUCGAUAGGUGGACCAGCAAUGUACGAAUUUUGGGAGAACCAUGGCAGAAAUGUAGAAUUACUAGAAAGUAAAACAGUUGCACGCCGGGUUGCCUCAUACAACCAGGGUGUAGUGAUAGUCCAGCCGCCUUUAGAGCGAGAUGCCAAAGUAGAGGUGAUUGUCGAACAACUAGAAGGCCGUUGGAGGUCAUCUAUGAUGGUUGGAUUGGUGGCAGGCCCAUUAGAUAGACUGAAUCUUCCUGUGAAUUCACUCAUGCUUAAGGCGACAUCCUGUGUUGUUGCCGAUGACUGGACUUCUAUUAAUGGCAUCAAGUCAUGUUCAAGCUAUGGCCAAAGAUUAGAAACUUUAAAAGUAGGUGAUGUAGUAGGUGUAACAUUUACUGACAGUAAAUGUUUGAGACUGUGUAUAAAUGGUAUACAAGAAGAACCUUUGUACUGGGGGUAUGAAGGUUCAAGUCCUGUUUAUGCAGUGUUCGAUCUAUAUGGGCAAUGCCAACAGAUAAAGAUAAGAAACGAAACUAGUCAAAUAGAUACUACAACAACGUCCAGUUUUGACUGCGAAAAGGCAGAUUUAGAAUCUGGUGAAAAAGAGAGAUCUGAGAACAGAUUGACGCUACCCAUACCAUCAGCUAGUACUAGUAUGUGUAGUUCCACGAUUAUUAAAAAUCCUAGUCCGAUGAAAUCUUGUGUGUAUAAAGAAGAGUGUGAACGAAUAAAGAAAAAGCUACUAUUACCAGAUCAAUAUUUUACUGCCGACGAACCACUAUGUUACUGCCUCAACUGUUAUAAAUUGAAAAGUACAGACGUUGAUAAGGAAAAUAAUUUAGCAGGUUGGGUAAAAUUUCCAUUAAAAAUAUCCGAGAAUAUAGUUAUGGAUAAGUGGCACAUAGCUUUCCAUUACACAAAAUUAGGAGGAGUGAGAUGCGUUGUGGAUAAAGGUCAACCACUAGCAAAAAGCCAAGCAGAAUGGUGCAAUCUUUCAGGUCAAAGAAAUGAUGAAGCCCAAGUUGUGAUGUAUCCAACAUUAUCUACAACCAUAGCUAGGGUGUUCUGCUUUAGUGGAAAACAGGUUUACUCUGCCUUCCAACUUCAUUUGAAACCAGGAGCAUACUCAGUAUCCAGAGAUCUGGAUCCAGUAGAGUGGAGUACCAAAGAAGCUGGAGCAAUCGUUUUAGAUUCGCUCCUGUUACGAGUCCAAUAAAGUAUAUGUUUUAUGCUGUGAUUAUGUUGAUAAAUGAACAUUUUGAGAUUAGUGGUGUUUUCACUACGGUUUGAAAUAGCUAUAUUGUCAGCAUUUGCCUCGGUCCAUGGAGCAUUUUGUCUGGAAAUGGCUCAAUUGGUACAAGCAAAGCGGAUGCUUGGCUGGCCAAAAGACGCGCAUUUCAUCUAUUUCGUUUCUUCGGAAUAUCUACAUGAAUUAACUUUGACCUUCCAACGCGACUUCUGAAAAUUUUUAGUCAUUACUUGUCGACUUGAAUCUGUUAUAGGUAAAACCAUUGCUAAUGCUAUAUUCCCGCCACCAGAAGGUUAUUUAUAUCAGAAUUUGUCACAGCUCUUUCUCUACUUACUGUAUAUACUUCGAAAAGGUUAGUGUCUCUUAAAUGGCGCUGUAGCCAACUAAAUGCUUGUAUAUGCUCAUAUAGACAGCGCCAUCUAUGAAACACUAAUCUUUUCAAAAUAUAUAUAUAUAUAUAUUAUAUAGUAAAUAGAGCAACAGUUGUGACAAAUUCUCAUAGAUGAGGCUACGGUAUCGCAUGUCGGAUAAUUGUUUGGACGCGGUGGAAUACGUUAAACAAUAGUAAAAUACUUGAUUGAGUCAUUUUUACAUUAGUAUGGAUAUGAGAAAAAUACACAUAUUCAACGUUUUGACUAAUAUUGGUUGAAACGAAAUUAAUCAAAUAAAACAAAAUUUUCAAUUUAUUUUGCUAUAAUGCUUAAAUCUGAAAUGUUACAUAUGUACUUGAAUAAGAAGUUGUUUUUAUUUAAGAAUUAGUGACUCCAUUUUUCAAACUUCUAAUGAAACUCUGCUGGUCUCAAUUUGGAAAUAAAGAUCUUGCAAGAACUACUUUAACAGGUAAAUGUUUCCAAAGAUUUUGGCCGUAUUCGCUUUAAAAUUGCACGGCGUUAAAUUGUAAUAAACUUUUGUAUCUUUUGAAUUUGUCUUCUCAAAAAUGAUAUCACGCUUUGAAAUAUAGUCCUUAUGUUAUUAUAUGCACAAUAUUGCUCAAGGAAUGUCAAGGAGAGAUUGUGUGCCACCGAUUCAUGAUUGUCAAAAAUAUAAAGUAGCAUAUCAAUCCACACACUUUUAUUGUAAAGUAUAUGAUAGACAAAAACCAUCAGAACUGGCUUUCUACUCGUAGUUUAACAUCAGACAGUUGCAAUGUAGUAAAUAUGAAGACAGAUUUUUUAUUUAAAUACAUAAAAGGUAUGUAUAAAAUGUGCCCUAUUGUGAAGGCCUAAAAGGUUAUGCAGGAUUAUUCAUCUCCUAAUCAAAUCAAAAAAUUAUAAAUAUACAGGAUGUUGAUAUAGUAUCUGUACAAUCUGCAUGGGAUAUUUUUUGUGAAUUUCAAUUCACCAAUUGAAGUUUCACAGGAUACUUUAUCAUCACUGUUACAGUUUUAGAUAGUUUUCUAUUGCACUGUGCUAUUCAUAUGCCAAUUUUUAUGAGUUUUGUUUAGAAAGUGAAUAAUCUUUGCAUAUUAUUGGAGCGUCCAAACAUGUAGAGGUGCUUCAGUAGUUAUUUAAUUCAAUGAGGUACUGUUUUCAACACAAUAAUGGAUUUACUACUAAAAUAUAUUAAAAACCCUUUUGAGGAAGAGGGUUCUCACGGGUUUUUCUUCCAUAAUUGAAGCUUACUCGAAGUAUAUGUUUUUUCUGAUGUGAAAAUGAAUUAAAUAACAUUACUGAAGUCGCCUGGCAUGCUUUCAUCCAACUUCUGUUAUUUAUUCAAAAUGACUAACAUAUUCUUUUAUGUUAAAAGAUAAUGCAAUAUUUUUCUGAUAAUUAUCAGUAUGUUAUAUAUUUUUCUGUUAUUUUUAUUUUAUUGAAUAAAUAUUCC